AUGGAAGAUCGAGCUCUUCUCGACAAUAUGCUGAAGACAAAAGUACUUAGUGAGCUGCAAGACGUUGGCCCAUUUUCUUCAUCGAGACCAGACGCAGGGAAUAUUCUGGCCGCCCAGCAACGCCUAAACAUUAAAAAGGAUCUAGUGAAUCUUCGCAAGCGAAUCGAAAUGCUACACGCGAUUAUGGAGAAUGAGGCCAGCACACUGACAACCGAAAAUGCACUACUCAAACAAAAGACAAUGGAGCGAGAGGGCCUUUUCCGUACAUUUGACAUACUCGACAACAAAUGCAAAGACGGACUAAUGGCUAAAGAAGGCGGGGAUGAGGAAGAAAAUGGACUAAUGACGAAAGAAGAUGAGAAAGAAAACGUGUUUAUUGAAGAAGAAGAAGAAACAACCGCCCUUAAACGCACUGCUUUCGAUCAUGUACCACUGGCUUGCGACUCUCUCGAUGGAACGCUUUUUCUGCGGCGGGCUGUAGCUGCUAACUCAGAAGUUUCGUUGAAAAUACCCAUGCUUUCAUUAGAUGAUACGCUGCCUGUUGCGCCUAAAGUUUCCACUGCAAACGAACCAAAUGACUUCAAACUCCCCGAUAUAUCUCGUUCGAAAAAAGGCAAUUUGGGUCCAUUGCCUUCACCUCCCAAACUCAGUCGCAUGGUUAAACGCGUUGGUCGUAUUGCAAAAUUGAAGACCCAUCGUGGGAAGAGAGCUCUCGAUGAACGCGCCUCAAAGGUUCUUGAGAACGACAAAGUGACACUUUUCGUCCGGGGCGGAAAAACCUGCAACAAUGUGACUGAUGUGAUGCACGAUCUUUAUGCCUUGAAAAAGCCGUUAGCUCGCAACAUGAAAAGGAGGAAUCCAUUUCACCCAUUUGAAGACGAAACUCCAUUUGAAAGAUUCUCGACGAAACUCGACGCGUCACUUUUCGUUUUUGGAGCACACUCGAAAAAGCAUCCGGAUAGUCUUACUUUUGGACGCCUUCAUGAUGGACAACUACUUGAUAUGGUAGAACUACAGGUCACGAGCUACACGCCAGCCAAAGACUUUGAUGCUCAAAAGAUUACUGUCGGAGCGAAACCGUGUAUUGUCUUGGAAGGCACCAAUUGGGAAGAGUCAUCAAUGAAGAGAGUCGGAAAUCUGAUGGUUGAUUGGUUGAGUGGAGUAUCGCCGAGCAAAAUUCGCUUGCAAGGUUUGGAACAUGUCAUAUCUCUGACCUGUGUGGAAUCAAAAAUACUUUUACGUGUCUAUCGAACGCAACUGAAGAAAUCUGAAAGCAAUUUACCUCGUGUUGAACUAGUAGAGAUGGGACCCAGUGUCGAUUUUCAAGUUCGUCGGACAAAACUCGCAUCGGAUCAGCUGUUUAAACAAGCUUGCAAGCAACCAAAACAAUUACAGCAAAAGCCUCGAAAGAACACAUCGCAAGAUGUUUUCGGAAACAAACUGGCACGUGUUCAUAUUGGAAAACAAGACGUCGCCGAAAUACAAUUGAGAAAAGUAAAAGCCUUGAAGAAAAUGCCAGAAGGUAUGGAUUCCGAAAUGCCCGAAGAAGUCGACGAGGAUUCU